UGUCUAGCUCACAGGUUGACAGUUGAUUGCGCGUUCCAUUCAUACGGCUAUAAACGGUACAUAACGGUGCGUACCUUAGCUCAACACACGGCCUUAACAAGUUAGACUUGCUGCUCGCCUGCAAAGCUUUAAGAAUGAAGGCCCCUUCUCUAGCUUGCUCGAGGACGACCCGUCCUUUUUUCGCCGGGCGGCGUUCGCUAGUGGUCAACUUGUCGGCAAAUGUUGCUGGUCCUUCAACUCUCCCGAACCGCCCGGGCGGUGGCGCCGCACGCUAUUCGAUUGGCUCCAUGGAUGAGGUACCUUCGGACGCGGAGGGCGACGUGCCCAUUGUGGCCAUCCGCCCCUCAGGCGGAGCUUUCCGUGGCGUCCCCACCUCCCCUCCGGGCACCGCGGGCGCAGUAGGCCAGAUCUCCUUCUCGCGCCCCGGCGGCGGCUGCAUGCGGUACAAUGAGGCGCCCGGAUCCACCCAGCCAUCUGGGUCAUCCGGCGGACCCCUGUGGUCAGGAGGCGAUAUGCUCUCGCGCCCAUCCGGCGGCGGCGCACGGUUGGUCCCAAGCGGCUUGGGACCAGGCGGCGGCUCCGGACCCACUGACGGAGGCAGCGGCGGUGCUGGCGGCAGCGGCGGCGGCGGCGACGGUUCGUCUUCCGGGGGCAAACGCGGCGGCGCGCCGGGCGGCGGCGACGAGCCACUCGGCUUGUCCUCCCUGGCGCCUUGGGCUCUGCUGUAUGCCGGCGUGUGUGGCGGGUUGUACUGGGCGCAUGAGGCGUUCAUUGAGAAGAAGGACGCGGCGGAGCCCGUGCAGGCAAAGCCGGAGCUGCAGGCGGCAGCAGCUGCACCGGCGGCGGCGGCUGGGGGGAAGUGUUGCUGUAAGAAGAAGGGUGGGAAGGGCAAGUGAGGGGCAGGGCUGAGAAGAAACAUGAGAGAAUAUUGAGGGUUACGUGGUUGGGUGCUGUGAGAAAUGUAGGAGAGGAGGGGGUAACCCGGCCGGUUGGGCGGGGUGUUGUAGGAGAGAGACACGAGGGCUAGCGGCGAGCGUUUGCGUGGUGGUGAGAGGGCUGCGAGGUGCUAAGCGAUGGCGUGCUAUACUUUGGAGUGUGUCAGUGCGUGUGUUGAGGGGCGAGAGCCUAGGCGUGUGGAUGCGCCGCAUCUUCCUUUCAGUUGGGAACAGCGAUCGAGCGGACCCAGACAGGCGAGCUGACUUGGUUAAUUAGUUGGUUGCGGUUGCACGCGUAACAGUCGGGUAACAGAAGUGCGCCGCACACGACAGUGCGGUACGUAAAGCUGGCUCACAUCCCGGUUUCGCGUCUGACCCAGAUGGCUUGCGUUGUGUUUACGACUGCCGCGGGUACCUACCUCUGACCCAGAUCACUUCUAUCUCACCACUUUAACUCGACCCACAUCACCAGCUGGUCUAGGUUGAACCUGCUGAAAUGGCUUUCGGAUUUCGGACCUGUGUCGCGUCGUUCGCCAAAAGGAGCUUCGGCAGGCUUGUAGUGUGCGUG